AUGUCUUCACCACAGCAGCGAUUGGCGUCGGUCGCAAACCAGUUGUCGCCUUCGGGCACUUCUGCAGCUAAGCAGAAAAUCCUCUCCAAGAACCCCGAUGAUGUGGUGAUCACCUAUCUUGCGCGCACGCCGCUCACCAAGGCCCGCAAGGGUGGAUUCAAGGAUACAACCGUCGACAACCUUCUGAUAUCCCUUCUCACUACCGUGCGGGAGAAGUCCAAGAUUGACCCCAACCUCGUCGAAGAUGUCUGCGUCGGCAACUGCCUCGCUCAGGGCGCCGCAUAUAUCGCCCGCUCCUCCGUUCUCGCUGCUGGAUUCCCCGUGACAACCGCCGCAUCUAUUACUAACCGGUUUUGCUCCUCCGGCCUGCUGGCUGUGCAAAACAUCGCGAAUCAAAUCAUCGCCGGAUCAAUCGAUGUCGGUAUCGCGGUUGGCGCGGAGAGCAUGAGCUCCAAUGCCGACGGCGGAGCUCCUGAGAUGGCGGAGCGUAUUAACAACCACCCGAUCGCGUCGCAGAACUACUGGCCCAUGGGUCGGACGUCGGAGAAUGUGGCGGAGCAAUUCAAUAUCUCACGCGAGCAGCACGACAAGUUUGCCGCGGGUAGUUACCAAAAGGCGGAGCGCGCGCAAAAGGCGGGUUGGUUCGAGGAUGAGAUCGUUCCUAUCAAGACUCAGAUCAAGGAUCCUAAGACUGGGGAGGUCAAGGAUAUCGUGGUUGAUCGCGAUGAUGGCAUUCGCUAUGGUACCACCGCAGAGGGACUGGGCAAGAUUCGUUCUGCUUUCCCUCAGUGGUCGCCCAGCGCCACUACUGGUGGAAAUGCCAGCCAGAUCACCGACGGUGCGGCUGCGCUUGUUCUGAUGAAGCGGUCGAAGGCCCAGGCGCUCGGGCAGCCCAUUGUUGGAAAGUUCUGCGGGGCGACUGUUGCUGGACUCGAGCCUAGAAUCAUGGGUAUUGGCCCCUCUCUGGCGAUUCCCAAGAUCUUGAACAAAUUCGGCUUGAACAAGGAUGAGAUUGAUAUCUUUGAGAUCAACGAGGCAUUUGCCUCUAUGGGUGUUUACUGUGUCAACAAACUGGGCUUGGACGAGGCCAAGGUCAAUCCUCGUGGAGGUGCUAUUGCUUUUGGUCACCCGCUGGGUGCUACUGGAGCCCGACAGGUGGUCACUGCUUUGGCAGAGUUGCGUCGCCAAGACAAGCGCGUUGCCGUGACUUCGAUGUGUGUGGGAACUGGCAUGGGUAUGGCCGGUAUCUUCGUCUCUGAGCAUUAG